AUGUCUCCCCCUCCAUCUAGCUGUGAUAUUCUCGUGAUCGGCAGUGGGAAUGCUGGUUUCAGCGCGGCUCUAUCAGCUAAACAAACCACUCCUCGUGCCAAUGUUAUCGUCAUCGAUAAAUGCCCUUCGACAUGGGCUGGAGGCAAUUCCUACUUCACUGCCGGAGCAUUUCGCACGGCGCACAAUGGGCUGUCAGAUCUGUUGCCCAUAGUCAAUAACACAACGACCGAGCAAGCAGCUCGCAUUGACAUGCCCGUCUACUCCGAACAGGAAUUUACGAAUGAUCUUAAACGCAUGACAGGUGGCCGCACUGAUCCAGCUCUGUCAAAGAUACUGGUUCAAGACUCUCGGUCUGCAAUUGGCUGGCUCGCCCAGAAUGGAAUUCGCUUCCAGCUUUCAUUCAAUCGACAAGCCUACGAGGUUGAUGGUCGUAUCAAGUUUUGGGGUGGCCUGGCAUUAAAGACUCAAGAUGGUGGCAAGGGUCUAGUUCAGGAUCAUCUCGCAGCUGCAAAGAAACAUGGAAUUCCAGUCUAUUUUGAUACACCAGCUACGAAACUUCUCACUGAUCCCGUCACUGGGGCACUCUCAUUCGUUCUUCUUCUUCUGGCUCUUCUCAAAAGCAUACCAUCCAUGCUGCUGUGGUCAUUCUUGCUGCUGGGGGGGUUUGAAGCGAACGCUCAACUGCGAGCUCAAUAUCUUGGCCCCGGAUGGGAUGCCGCACGUGUCCGUGGAACACCAUAUAACACCGGAGAUUUGCUGUUGAGUGCGCAACGUGAUGUCUCUGCCAAGGCAGUCGGUAACUGGUCCGGCUGUCACAGUGUAGCGUGGGAUGCCGACUCACCCGCGAAUGCUGGAGACCGAGAAGUUUCCAACGAGUUCACGAAGUCGGGAUAUCCUCUGGGAAUCAUGGUGAAUCGGGAUGGGGAACGAUUUGUGGAUGAAGGGUCUGAUAUGCGGAAUUACACAUACGCGAUGAUCGGGCGACGUAUCCUUGCACAGCCUGGACAAGUUGCAUUCCAGAUUUGGGAUGCGCGAACCACAUCUUGGUUGCGAGCUGAGGAGUAUCGUCCAGAGGUCACCAAGCAUCUGACUGGCUCGACAAUCGAAGAGCUCGCAGAUGCAUGUGUGGGUGCUGGAUUGGUGAAUAAGCAACGAUUCUUGGAUAGUCUGCGAGAGUAUAAUGCUUCUACAAGGGAAGGAAGUGCCAAAUGGGAUCCAGCUGUAAAGGAUGGGCUGGGCACUGUUGGACUCACAAUUCCGAAAUCCAACUGGGCCCUACCACUUGAUAAGGGACCCUUCUUAGCUGUGCGAGUCACAUCGGGUAUCACUUUUACCUUUGGUGGAUUGGCUGUGAAUCCGGAGACAGCAGCUGUUAUCUCUGAGACGACAGGCCAGGAAGUUCCGGGUCUAUACUGUGUUGGAGAGAUGCUGGGUGGCAUUUUCCACGACAAUUAUCCGGGUGGAAGUGGAUUGACCUCUGGAGCUGUCUUUGGCCGGAGGGCUGGCAGGGAAGCUGCUGGAAUUGUUGCAAUGAAUGGAAGAAGGGAAUCUAGGCUGUAG